CGAAAUAAUAAUUAGUCUAGCCGAUCCAAGCUCCCGGCAUGUUCCGACUUCUUUGGUUCUUUGUUGCCAUGGUACCGGCAGUGGUACUGUCGGAUGUCAGUUUUGUCGAAUGUCCGAACGGUGCACCGACGCCAAUCUUGCUGAAGAUCAACGACUGCACGGCAGAUGAAUGUAUUCUGGUUUCCGGACAGCCAAUUAGUGCCAUCGUUAGUGGAAUCUAUAGCCCGAUCGAUAGCAACACUGCCAAGGCCCAUAUUUCCUCCUUCGUCGGUGGUUUGGAUACGGGAUUUGAAAUUUCACCGGAACUGGAAGAUGCUUGCAGCACCGGAAUCGACGGUGGUUGUCCACUGACGGCCGAUGUGGCGUUCAGCUAUUCUCUAGAGAGUAACAACCUGGACGUUCCGGCUCGAGGCGUGGAGGUUGAGGUCGAGAUAGGACUGACGGGUGACGGCGAUGUUGAGUUGACCUGUCUACGAUUCAAAGCAAUUGUAAAUGAAUGAAUAAAGUGAUUCACAUUACCGGCACUGGCACCGUCUGAUUUACACUUGAAAAUUGUUAUUAUUCCGGUUCACUCUGCAUAGCACGGAAAAUUUCUAGAGAAAAAAAAAUUACACACUCUAGACUAGAACUAAUUCGCGUCAGC